CGUCCCCUUACCGGCGGUCGCCAUCUUGGUUGUCAGAGGCCCUGCAGCCGGAGCUGGGGCCGGGGUGAGGCGCCCUUGCUCGGUGUCAUUCCCGGGGAUUGGUGUCUGAGGGGUAGUAGAAAUAGUGCAACUCUUUGCCGCAAUGUCGUAUAUGCUGCCACAUCUCCACAAUGGCUGGCAAGUAGACCAGGCCAUCCUGUCAGAGGAGGAUCGUGUCGUUGUCAUUCGCUUUGGUCAUGAUUGGGAUCCAACUUGUAUGAAGAUGGAUGAGGUCUUGUAUAGUAUUGCUGAAAAGGUGAAAAACUUUGCUGUUAUUUAUCUAGUGGAUAUUACAGAGGUACCAGACUUCAACAAGAUGUAUGAGUUGUACGAUCCAUGUACUGUUAUGUUUUUCUUCAGAAACAAGCACAUCAUGAUUGAUUUGGGCACAGGCAACAAUAACAAAAUUAAUUGGCCCAUGGAAGAUAAGCAGGAGAUGAUUGACAUUGUUGAAACAGUUUACAGAGGAGCCCGCAAAGGAAGGGGUCUUGUGGUAUCUCCAAAAGACUAUUCCACCAAGUAUAGAUAUUGAGGAGUUUUGAAUGUUCAGCUGAACAGUUCAUCAUAAGCUUCAUCCUGGAAGUACUAUUCUUGAAUAUGAAGCACCAACUUUCAAAAUGCUUCUGUUUGUACAUUUGCCUAGGAUAUCCUCAAUAUUAUCUACCACACCAAUUCAUAAACUAUAUAUGAAUAGAAAGUCAUGUUUUUUCAAUUUUUUUUGUUGUGAUAAACCAAAACUGUUGAUUUAUUUUCCCUUUUUUUACAAAAAUAAUAAAUUAUGCAACUGUG